CGCGAAAUGCGUUCGAGAGGAUUCAUCGUCGCGAGAAAAAGAAGUUGAAAGAUAUCUUCCGAAAAAACAUUGGAGAAUAUUACAUCCGCAAAGUUAUAAGAAUUUCCUGUUUAUUUCCUGUUACAAGUUACAAGUUACAAGUUACAAGUUAGAAGAGUGAAAAUUGUAAAUUGUUACGAUAUCUGUAAAUACGAGUGAAUGAAAAUGUACAAGGAAGGAGUUUGCGCGCAUGCAGUUGAGCGUUGGGGAUGCGUGUGUGUAACGCAGGAGCACAAUACGGAAUGAGAUUUAGAUGGUGGGAGUGAAAAAGCUGGAAAAAGCGCAAGGCGAUUAAGACGAUUAAGACGAACAAGAGGAACAAGAGGAACAAGACGAACAAGAAGGAAUAGAGGUUAAAGAUAAGAGAAAAGAAAAAUACGUAAUCAGGAAGAACGUGGGUGUAACCGACGAUACUAUUCCGAAAUGCGAUUCAACAAGCAAGAAUUGUUGACUCUGGCUACGCAACCUUCGCAAAAAUUUGAGAAAGAGGGUAUAUUGUACGUACGCGAGCGACAAGAAGGCUUCUUUCGCAGAUCUGAGAGUACAGGUAAAAAAUCAGACAACAAAUGUCAAAAGGGAAAAACGCAUAAGACACUGCGAGACCUCAGUUGCGUUACAGCCAGUACGAGUAAAGUAAGUUUGGAGAGAUGGUGCAGAUUACGAGGCAAUCUCUUGUUUUAUUUCAAAUCGCGAGAACAGUGGUCGGAACCGUUGGGGGUAAUAAUACUGGAACAAUGUUUCGUUCGAGUAGAAGAACCGAGCAAUCAGAUGCCAUAUGGAUUCAGCAUAGUGUUCGACGGAGGUUUGUUUCAAGCGUUGGGCGCCAACUCGGCCGAAGAGAGAGACAGUUGGUUGCAGGCUCUUCAGUUGGCCAGCUACGAAUGCAUGAGAAGUCAAUUGUUGGCGUUGCAGCAACGAAUAGAAGCGUUUAGCGGUCACAAGCACGAUACGGAUAUUCAAAUGUUGCGACUACAACGCGGCAUAUCAACAGACCCCGCUGAAAUACCAAUGUGCGAGAUAUCAUUGGCCUGCGACAAUCUACUUUGCGAUGGUCACGGUCGACCACCUAAUCCGGUUCUCGAAAUAGACGUUCAAGUUAAAGGUACAAAGACGUGGAUCAAGUACGCGCGAACAGAAGUAGUCGAGCGAAGCAGCAAUCCCGGUUUCUUAACUACCGUCAGCUUCAGAGCUAACGACGGUUUAACCAGCGAAACGAAAGCAAGGAUAACCGCGUUCGAUGUCAGGGAACGAGUGAGUCAAACCGCAACACCGAUAGGAAGCGCUAUCGUCACUCUGAACGCGAUCCAAGACACGCCCAGAUUGAGGAUACCCUUAAAAUCUGCGAAAACCACCACCGUUGGUUUCUUAACGAUCAACGUAUGGAAUUUAGAGGCGGAGGACAGAGGAAACAGUACGGAGAGUACACCGUCCAAGGAACCUGCGUCCGGAACGAAUCAACAGGUACUUUCUCACAGACGGUCCCAAUCGUUGCCACCUAGGCUGGGAACAAAAAUCAAGUUGCCCCAUCAGGGCCAACUGAAACUUCUUUUUGCCAAUCCAUAUAUACAAACUUACAGAUUUCACUCCGGCUUAGGCGGCGAUAUUUGCGUUCACGAGAUCAUGGCCGAGAGUAAACUUUCUUUUCAAUUCCCGCAACAUUUACUGGCGAUCUGGAUCCAAGAAGAAAAAGAACUGCUACAAGAAGUGGCCGGUAUGGGUGAACUACGAGAACCUUGGCACAGCAAACAAGUCGAGCUACUCGAUCGUCAUCUUCAUCUUUUACAUCUUUACUCACAGGCUAAGGAGAACUUGGCUGCCUUUAAAGGGAGUUACUUUAAACGAUCGUCGCGGAAAAACGACAGAACGCUCGAAUUUGCACCUUUGAACUUACAUCUGCAAAGAAUUUGGGUCCACAACGACACCCUGAACAAGUGUGGAUUUUAUGACUUUAUCACCGUAGGAGCGUUUACUGCACACUCGCAUAAAAGUAAAAAUGGAGGUCUCAUAAGGCUGUUGCAGGCUCUGAAAGAAUCGCCAACGCGCGGCAAUCAGUUUUAUCAAGGAACGUCGAAAAUAACGAUGGCUCACGAUGCCAUUCAAGCGAUCAAACAACUUCGACGGGACGUGGUCGAAGCGAUGCGCGCCCUGAUGAAGCUUGCCAAGGCGAAACAAACUAGCGGAAUGUUGCCGAUUUGCGAAGACAUGAUCACCAAAACCAGAAUCCUCCUUAGUCUUUGGGAUCCGGGUUUGGUCGAAGAAGCGUUAACCUUUCUAGAAGAGUACAAGGUAGCCAAAGUUCACGACGACGAUGGAAACGAGGAUCCUCUGAAUUUGGAUUUCAAAACGAAUCACUCUUUGUCUCCGUUCAAACGAAUUACCCAGCAAUUAAAUUUCGAUCUGAAAAGUCCGGAUCUGGAUGAUUUUGUAACUCCCGAUACUCCCGAAUGCGUUCAAGAUUUAUGGGUAAAGAGAAGCGAAAAUCGAAACGGUUACGCAACUUUGCCCUCGAAAAGCAGCGACGGCUUGAACGCGGAUCGGCCAAAUUCGAACAACCUCGACCACGUGGCUGAAGAAAAACUUGCUACUUUUCCAGAGGUCGUGGAAAAACAUUCCAAGAAUACGAUACACGAGGAAACGAAUCAAAGCGACGUCGAUGAUGCUCGUAGCCUUGGUCAUCGUUCUAUGAGCAAAGAAAAUAAUUACACCGAAAAUGGGAACGAGGAAGAAGAUAACGAUGCUGCUGUCAUUCGACAUGACGACGACGACGACGACGACGACGACGACGACAACAACGAUGACGACAACGACGACGACGUCAACGACGACAACAACGAUGAUAUCAACGAGGAUAAGAACGAAAACAACGGGGAAAGAGAAGGGACGAAAGGCGAUAUCGAUCCGAGCAAACGAUUCCUAGACACUCAAAAAAUGUGCAAUUCACCUUCCGCUAAUUAUUACAAGCCGACCGACGAACCAGAACCGUGGGACUUGACGCAAUUAAACAUCGAAGCGAGCGUAAUGUGUUUAGUAUCGAAGGUAAAGUUUCUUUGCGGAAGAUGCAGUAGCCCCGCUGUGCGUUUAAGAAAUAAAAACACCGUGGGAAGAGCGCAGAGUAUGAAGAAAUGUGUUGCAACUAAUCGUAACAAAAGCGUCAAAGUGGUGACUAUUCAACCAAAAAACGAGCCCAAGAACGACGAAUCCAGCAAGCUUUUAGAAAACGUAGAUAAUCGUUCGAAUUUACGACAAUACCCAAGUCCAGUCUCUGAUAUGACUAUGCCAGCUUUUUCUAAAGCCAAAGAAGUGUGCCAAGCGGUCGAUUCGAUGACCAGAGUGAUCAAGAGCAACAGUACCGGACAAAGAAACAAAUUCACCGAGGGUUUGGAUUUUGCGUCCAUCGUCGAUUGGACGAGCGAACUUAGGCCGAGCAUGAAAAAAUUACGGCAAGCAAUGGAUGGUUUACUGAAAACCGCCAGAUUGACGCAUUCGGUGUUUCGAGUGCAGGAAGAUUCGAAAAUGGCUCAGCGAACGUGUAACGUUCGAUACAGACGAGACGUUUGCUUCAGCCAAGCGUUAACCAGUUUGGUAACUGGAAUAAUGGCGAAACUUUGGUGUCAGAGGCCAGAUCCUAUGUUUCUGUUGAUUUUAACCACUCUUGGUCCGUUGGUCUCGUUCGAGGGACUUCUUAGUUAUUACGGAGACGAGAUCGACAUGUGGGGGGACAUGACCGUUGCGAUCGAAGACACGCAUACGGUAACGUUUACGUUAAUCAGGUGCGGUAUCGAACAAAGGCUGGAAGGGAACUGCAGCGUUCCGUUUCAACAACCGAUGCCGCGUGUAGUUGGUUCUCGCGUGGCCUUGACGGUGUUGCUUCCGGUACCGGACGCUAUCUAUUCCUUGCUACCGUUGGUUCCCUCUUCUAGACAAACGAUCUCUUUUAACGUAACGCCAGUUUUCUUUAACGUCGGUAUCAACGAAAUGGCCUCUUUGGCAGAGAGUCUCGGCACGACAAAACCACAGGAAAAGAGUAACAUGGAUAACUUUGAAAGAUUAAACGAAUAUUAUUUGCGAUUCAAGAAGCUCAAUCUACCGACGGAAACGGCAUCGACUCGUCUGGGUGCGAGGUCGCCGCUUGGUCAAACGUUACCAGAAUUGUUGACCGAUCUAAAGGGAAGCGUUCAAGCGAAAGUAAACAAAAACGUGAAAAUUUUACAACUAUCGUCGCAAAUUUGCCGACGGAUGCGCGGAUUGAGGUUUACCAGCUGUAAAAGCGCAAAGGACCGUACCGCGAUGUCGGUCACUCUGGAGCAAGUAAACAUAUUGAGCAGCGAGUACCAUUUGGCUGAACACGAAUACACCAGAGCGCUCGACUGUAUGCGAAGCGAGGGUUGUCGACGAGAGAACACUUGGAAGAACAUCGGAAUACGAAAGUAUGCAUUCAACAGUUUGCAAAUUCUUACGUUUCCAAAGUUGUAUCGUCCGCCGACGGGAACCUAUGGAUCAGCGCAAACAUAAAUUGAAAAAGUUUAGUUGAAAAAUUUCAACUAAAUGUACCGGAAUUCGGUAACCCUCUGGAGGGUUUCUUAAUUUUAAAGGAAAAAAUGAAACGUUUAUAAGAACUUGUGUACUCUUUCUCUUUGUUUGCCAUAGAAUCGAUCGAUUCAACGCGAGAACGAAUGAGAAAAAGGAGAAUGCCAUUUAAUUUAAAGUUCAAGUUGCGAUAGUACGAACGACAGUUAUUAUUAUUAUUAUAUUUAGAUAACGAUGUAGCAAUCGUUCUGUAAUUCGAAAGAAUGCAUUUUUAUCUCGUUUCUGUACAUAGGGUUUUGCUCGAACAAACAAGACUGUAGAUCAGAAAGUAGAUCUAAAAAGUCUAAAAACGAGAAAGGGAUAAAGGUUUUCCUACGUUGAGUAUAAGAAAUACAUUACGCAUUAACGCUGCGCGUUUAUAACGAAGAGGGAUAAAAAAAAGUGGGUGAUGAUGUGAUCACAACGAUGAGAAAUAUCGAUGCGUCUUCUACCAAGUGGAAACAGACCAAGAUCUAUUUCACUUUUCUCGACGCAAAACGAAAAGGAUAUGUAUACGCGAUAAAGGCGCAACGCGAAUUUUGAAUACGUAGGUUCGAACUGGAUUCGACAGGCUUAGAUACAUACAUACAUACAUACAUACAUACGUAUAGGGGACAGAUCGCGGCGGAAACUUUGUCAAGUUUGCUCGGAAAUUUUCGUAAAGAUUUGACUGGACGAAAAGGCGUGUCGCAAUUAGAGAAAAUUAGCGUGCGAGAACGUUGUAACGAAGGAAAAUUGUCGCAUGUGAGCACGCGUUCAAUUCCAGUAGAAGCAUAGAAAGUUAGGAUCUUGUUUUCACAGGAUACAAGUUGUUUCAAAUAAAUUAUUGACCUCGCAGAA